CCCCCCCCCGGGCCGCGCCCCCCCCCCCCGGCCCCGCCGGGCGCGAUGCCGCGGGUCUACAUCGGCCGCCUCAGCUACCAGGCGCGGGAGCGGGACGUGGAGCGGUUCUUCAAGGGCUACGGCAAGAUCCUGGAGGUGGAUCUCAAGAACGGCAGCCGGAGAAGUUGCAGCCAAAAGAGACUCUCAGUUGCACAAAGGGCUGCAGCAUCCUCAGCUGUUGCUUGGGCGACUUUGGAGCCUGGAUCCGGUCUUGGCAGGUACGGCUUUGUUGAGUUUGAUGAUCUGCGAGAUGCAGAUGAUGCUGUUUAUGAGCUAAAUGGUAAAGAUCUUUGUGGGGAGAGAGUGAUCGUUGAGCAUGCCAGAGGCCCACGUCGUGACAGCAGUUACGGUUCUGGACGCAGUGGAUAUGGUUAUAGAAGAAGCGGAAGAGAUAAGUACGGUCCUCCUACCCGUACAGAAUACAGAUUGAUUGUGGAAAAUUUGUCAAGCCGCUGCAGCUGGCAAGAUCUUAAGGAUUAUAUGCGUCAGGCAGGGGAAGUGACAUAUGCAGAUGCACACAAAGGAAGGAAAAAUGAAGGUGUGAUUGAGUUCAAAUCCUAUUCUGACAUGAAAAGAGCCCUUGAAAAGCUGGACGGGACAGAAGUAAAUGGCAGAAAGAUUAGAUUAGUGGAAGACAGACCUGGAUCGAGACGGCGCCGCUCUUACUCUAGAAGCCGAAGCCAUUCGAGGUCUCGCUCUCGAAGCAGACAUUCUCAUAAAAGCAGGAGCCGCAGCGCCAGUAGUAGUCGCUCCAAGAGUAGAUCAAGAUCCAGGUCUGUGUCCCGUUCCAGAAGCAAGAGCCGUAGUCGAAGCAAGAGCCAUAGCAGAAGCCAAAAAGAGAAAAGCAGGACUCCAAGUAAAGAGGAUAAAAGUAGGAGCCGCAGCAGGAGUGCAGAGAAAUCCCGAAACAAAAGUAAAGAUAAAUCUGAGGGCGCUCUCCAUAACAGUGAUGAGAAAGCAAAGAGCAGGAGCCACAGCAAGGAAAAGAGUAGGAGCAGGAGUGGGAGUAAGGACAGGGGAGACAUGAGGGAGAGCAUGAGGAGUAGGAGCAAGGAGAAGAGCAGAAGCAAAGACAGGGAGAAGAGCAUUAGCAAGGCUAGAAGCAGGAGCAAGAGCAGGGAUGAGAGCAGGAGCAGGAGCCACAGUAAGGAUAAAAGGAAAAGUAGGAAGAGAAGCAGGGAUGACAGCAGAAGUAGGAGCAGGAGCCACAGCAAGAGUGAGAAAAGCAAGAGGCGCAGCAAGCGAGACAGCAAACCAAGUAGCAAGAAGAAAAGGAAGGACAGCCACGAGCGGUCCAGGUCAGCCUCCAAAGACAAGGAGCAUCUAAAAUCAGAUUCUGACAAAAAGGAGGCAAAAGGUGAGGGUGAGGAUGCAGCUGCAUGUCGGGUGUCUCGCUCCAGGUCUAGGUCGAUUUCCAAGUCAAAACCAAAUGUCAAAUCGGAUUCUCGUUCCAGGUCUAAAUCCGUUUCAAAGCCUAGGUCCCGGUCCAAGUCUAGAUCUAGGUCUGCCUCUAGGUCACACUCCCAGUCGCGGUCAAGGUCUCGCUCCAGAUCCUAACCUUGCUGCAACUGCACUUGGAAUGGUUGGAAAAGUCUUUUGUACAUGUUUAGUAGUUGUAGCACAAGUGAUUGAAGUAGAAAACAUGUCAAUGCUGUAUAUUUUUAACAACCUGAUGGUCUGUCUGUCAUUAUUAACUGCAGUGCUCCCUCCCUGCCAUGCUCUCUGGUGCAAGGUUGUUCAGCUCAUUUUCUAUCCUAUAGAAAGGUUCUCUUUAAAUAUAACUCUUCCUAGAGCACCAAAAUUGCCCUGUUUUCCGGGAAGAGCCUUGCAGAGAACGAGCACUGCACCUUGGUGGGUUUAUGAGAUUUGCAGUGAUGACUGAUAGGGUAGGUAUGAUGGCUUCAACAGUCUUUGCCCUUGAAUUGAUGCCCUUUGAUGUAUGCCAUUUAGUGGAAGUGCUAAGUCUUAAGUUUCAUACUACUUUUGUUUCAUAUUUUUUUGACUUACAGAGUUGUGAAUAGCACAGUCAAAAGGAAAAAAAAUAUAGGUACUUGCAGUAAUCCAUAGGGAAAAGAAGUAUAGUUCCAUAUUCUGGUAUUGUGACAAUAUCCUUGUUUUAUAUUAAAUUUUUUUAUUUUAUUUUUCCCUGUCUUGCAAAGUACAGUGAUUCCUGUUUCCAUGAAAUUUGAAUAAAGACUAUUUUUGCUUGAUGACA